CGAUUCCAGAGCCAGAGCCGAAUCUAUCGAGAGGAGCAGAGACAGAUCUUUCCCAUCUCUAAAUCUGUCGAAGUUCUGCGAUUGCAAACUUGCUGCCCCCGAUUCGAGUUCCGACGAUGGUGGUUGAUUAAGAUGAUAAGGGUUUUGGAGAUGAAGCUAGAGGAUUUGAAUCGAAGAUCUGGGACGGUAGAAGAGAGGGCGUCAGGGCGA